GGCUGCCUCACCUCACACCAGGGCGGGAGCAGCGCCUGAGCACCGUGUUUGUGAGCGCGCGGUCAGUCUGUUGGUUUCAGCAGGAACGAGGGUGAGAGACCGAGCUGUGUGGGGAGAGAGCAACAGCUCCAGGAACCGGCAAGCCGACAGAGACAGACACAACGAAAGCGCACACACGGGCAAGCCGACAGAGACAGACACAACGAAAGCACACACACGGGCGUGUUCAAAAGCCACAGAGCAGUGAACAUCGCGUUCAACAGACAAGAGCAAACACUGACAGGACGACGAGAAAGAGAAAGUCUGGAGCUGAGAUGGAUAAUACGAACAACAGAGACACAAGAGAAGGCACUCCUUUGAGCAAAUAAGGAUAUAAAACAAGCUACAUCCUCUGAAAGGAAACAACUUUGACUUCUAAAAGCUGAUCAAAGCUGGAAUAAGGAAGAGGUCAUUGUCCACGGUUUCAGACGAUGGAGCAAAAGCACUGCUGAGAGCGUAUUUCCUGGAAAGGAUAAACAAAGAGCCUGGGACCGCUUCAGUGCUGUGGACAUAUUCUCCCUGAACACACAGCUGAAGAUGUACAACAUAACGACAACCAAUGAAUCGAGCCGUUCAACUGGAGCUCCUGACAAUAAUAUUGACGAUGACUUCAAAUACACGCUAUACAGCACUGUUUUCAUACUGGUGUUCAUUAUUGGACUGCUGUUCAACUUGGUAGCCAUACAUAUUCUCGCAUGUACUCUGAAGCUAAGAAACGAGACCACCACAUACAUGAUGAACCUGGCAGCGUCAGACCUGAUGUUUGUGUUCUUUCUGCCCUUUCGGAUCUACUAUUUUGUCAACAGAAACUGGCCUUUUGGCGAAGUGCUCUGUAAGCUCUCCGUGGCCCUGUUUUACACAAACAUGUACGGGAGCAUCCUGUUCCUCACAUGCAUCAGCGUGGACCGAUUCUUGGCCAUCGUUUACCCGAUCAGAUCGAGGACACUGCGGACGAAGCGCAAUGCUAAGAUCGCCUGCGCCGGCGUCUGGUUGGUGGUUCUGUCUGGCAGCCUCCCGACCGGGUUCAUGCUGGACACCACGGCGGAAAAACACCAGAACAACAGCGAGACAAACUACUGCUUCGAGAAAUACUCGGACAAACAGUGGCAGUCCGAGCUGUCCAAAGCGGUGGUCUUCAUCGAGACGGUGGGUUUCUUCAUCCCGUUCCUGAUCAACCUGAUCUGCUCCAUCAAGGUGCUCCGUACGCUGCAGGACCCCCAGACGCUGUCCCGCGGGGGCCAGCUGAACAAGAGGAAGAUCCUGCGCAUGAUCGUAGUGCAUCUGCUGACCUUCUGCUUCUGCUUCAUCCCCUACAACGUCAACCUCAUCUUCUACACCCUGGUGAGGAGCGACGUCUUUCCCAGCUAUGGGGCGGAAUACGUGGCGCGGACCAUCAACCCCAUAACGCUCUGCAUUGCCGUCACGAACUGCUGCUUCGACCCUGUUGUGUACUACUUCACCUCGGAGACCAUCCAGAACUCCAUCAAGCGCAGGACUCAGAGCAUCCGAGCCGACUACCACCUGCGGGAGACGCUCCAGAACAGCCCGCGGCUGCAGAGCCUCAGGAACAUCGGACACAAAUUCAGAUCCACUGACUCCACUGACUGUUGAUAGCAGACUUGAUAGCACUGAGAGAGUAUUCUUUUAGCCACUGUGUGAGUGUAACGGUUUGCAUAGUUUACUCAAUUGAGUUAUUUUUUUUAAGACACUGUUUGUGCUGUGUGUGUGUGACAAUUUCAUACCCAACAUCAUGAUUAUAUUAAUUUUCAUUCGUGUUCUAAAGUAAAAACAAAAGAGAAUGUCCGCACACUGGAGAAACUUCCAGACAGAUGAGGAUAAAGGCAGGGUUUGAAGAAGGUCCGGUCAAGUCGAAAUGUUGCUCUUUCUUUUAAUCAAACUCUGGGAACUACUCUGGUGUGUGGACGUUCUCUCUUGUUUUUACCUUACAGUAUACGCGGGUUUCCCGUUUACCAACAAAACUAGAUCUGCGCGCAGCCUUGGGGCAGAAGACGCCUGGUGGCCGGUCACAACGUUAUAAAGUUAACCUAUUAGUCGGCGGCUGUAAGCUACACGCAUACAUUCUUUGUAUGCCCUUGUUGUAACAAUGAUGCUAAGACCUCAUUUCAGUUUAUUUCAGAGUUUGUCGUUUUUAUUAUUAAUAUAACAUUGUCUUUUUGCCGUUUUUUGGUAAAGAAAUGCAUUCCUUUAAAGAUAUUGAACAUUCUACAACCAUCGUCAUUUCGAAUGGUGCGGUUUUCGGCACUAAAACUCAUUAUAAUCUUUUCAUGGAGAGCAGAGGCUUUCUGCACACGCAUAUUUUCAUGACGUUGCAUAGAAAUCUACAUAUCUUUUGUCCUGUGCCUGGCCUAAGCAUACACUGUAAAAACAUAACAUCUAACCAUAUUGAUCUUAUAUUAAUAUAUUAUUAUUGAUAUUAUAUUAAUCCAUUUGCCAUUGUUUUUAGUAUGAAGAGACUUACACAGCGCUCUCUAGAAAGAUCAUUUUGACUCAAAUUAAGAAGAUUUAAUUCAUUUUAUGGACUUUGUUUAACAUACUAGCAGACACAUGUGCUUGUUUUCAGGAUGAGAUGUCUUAAAAUAAAUCAAACUCUGAUUAGAUUAAGUCUAAUGAUCUUAAGAAAAAGUGCUAGGUAAUUCUCUUUAUAUUGAAAUCAAUACCAACCAGAUUUUUUUGAUCUUAAAGGGACACUUCACCGAUUAGCAUUAAGCUUUGUAUGUUUUUGAAUGGUUGUGCAUCAUUCCCUCAGUUUGCCUUGACGUGGGAGAAAUACGGAUCUCAAUGUUGGACUUCCUGCUUUCAAUGAUGUAAAAAUCAUCAUUUUACAUCAUUGAAAGCAGUUAGUCCUAUUCAUGGGUUUCAUUGAAAUCCGUUUUUCUCCCAUCUCAAGGCAAACUGAGAUGCACGACCAUUCAAAAACAUGACUGGUUUUCUAAAGAUACAAAGCUUACUGCUAAUCGGUGAAGUGUCCCUUUAAUAUAAAUUAGACUUGAUUAGAUUUUACAAGCAGUGUUUGUGGUCUCACAUCUCUGCCAUUUGAAAUGUCUGGUACGCUGCAAACACUGAUUAUCUAGUAGUGCAGUGGUGGUUGCGGUUGACACAAUCAAUCCCAAAAGUUAUUUGAGAAAAUACUAAAGUAUUGAAACUGAUCGUUUUACUGACAUGUAAUAACAUGCUUUACUGAACCCCCUGAAGAGUCAUGAUCUCCCAAGAUAUGUUCAGAAUUUCACUCACACCUGCGGAAAUUAACGUGGCUCCUUUACAACACACACACACACACGUCUAUGUACGGUAGAUCUUCUGAAGUGAGAACUACCUGCCUGUGGGUGUUGCGUAACCAUCCAAACCCCACAAAACUGCACGCUGGAUGUGGUCUCGGCUGCCGAAACGGCCUCAGUAGAGACUGAUGUUUUUGAGGAAAUGGUUUACACUUGCAAAGCUUAUGUGUCUACACCAGCGAG